ACCAACCAUACCAUAGUCCUCCUCCUCGACCCCUUAUCGAGAUCGGAUAUAUUCCCUUAUACCUCCAGAACACAUUGUCGGAAUAGGGCACUACUUACAAAGGGCGAUUGGGAUGUCUAGAAGAAAUAUAUCCAAUGGUCAUAUCAAAACCUUAAGGGCGAAUAUGUCGAAAACGGUUUGUCGGAGAAAAGUAUACUCUCAAAGGCAAAAUGAAUCGACUGGACGAGACAUAUCUAUUGAUGAAGUCGAAGCAAAUACCUUGACCACGAAGUAUCGUACUUAUAAAAGGCAAGUGGAACAUUAUAGGACGAGACAUAUUUAUUUUUGAUGUCAAAGCUUUCAGUGCAAAUAUCUGCAGAUUGGAGUGUCGGAGGAUUUUGAAUGUAUGCCAGGCGACCGUUAAAUGUUUAUGUGUAAAGAGCUCCCUCCCCAUUAAUUAUCUACCAAAAAUCAACCACAAAGCUAAUUCGAUUUUUUUAAAAAAAUGCGCUUUAUCUGCGCAAAAGUUGUGCACAAUUUAUACUUGUUUUUGAUUGUUGAUAAUUUCUGAUACGUUCUGGGGCGAAAAACAUGUAUUUGAAAAUUUUACUUUUUAAGGUUGGAUGUUAAAAUUGACCAUUAGCUUUAAAACGUAGUACCUAAAGUUCGUGAAUUACUAAUUAUAUGAUUCCUUAUUCAACGAUUAUACCAUCGUCCAAAAAUAUUAUGUAGCGUAAUCAAUUUGAACAAAAUCUGGGUCUGCUGUUCAUUUCGCUGCCACACUAUUCUAUUCUGUACACCCCAACUACUUCUGUAUGUGUGAAAAUUGUACCCUGGAUCUUAUCUUGAUACAACCAUACUCAAAAUCAAAGAUAUUGAAUAAUAUUGACAAGCUUUUUAAUUUGUUUAUAGAAUACAACUACUUCAAUUAUUUUAUAACAUUCACUCCUUGAUACUUUAUACAAAGUUUGUACAGAACACUUUUCAACAGUAUGCAAUCCAAUAACCCCAAAAAAUGUUGUGUUGCCAGAGAAACAGUAAAUGAAUCGAUAGUAGUGAAAGUAGGACGCGCGUAAGUGAUUCAAUUUCAAAUGUCCCUUUUUGACAUUUAUUAUUAAGAUGUCUUCAAUUGGUGUCGAAUGUGAUAAAAAAGUGAAAGAAAAGAAGAGGAUGGUGUGUGAAAGACAAACCGAACAGAAAAUUAAAGAACCCAAGUUAAAACCGCCAUCCGUUUACGAACGAGUCUUUGGAAAACCUGGUAAACCUCGAGAUCAUUAUUUUACAGCCGGAGUUAAGAUAAAUGAGAGUAACAAAAGAAACAUUCACACGGAAGCUUUGCCAUUUUCAUACCCGAAAGACCUGGAAGAAUUCUCGUACAGGAUAAUGUCGAAGGCUUGGCGGAAGAACAGAAUCAAGCGGGAGAACGAGCGCAAGUACAACGAAAGGUCAAGUCAACGUACACGGCAAAAGAUGGAUCUGCUGAAUCGGCUGUACGUGGAAGAGCCCGAAGUGAAAAGCAUGAAAACUAUCCUACAUGUUGAUCCGAAAUUCUUUACACUGGUAGAAGGACGUCCGGUGGCGUGUAAGUUUAACAGGCGAGAUUACAUCGAGGACGUGAGGAAUGUACUUCGAACGAAGAUAGUAACGGGUUAUAGAGAGGACGAUAUCAUGCAAAUUGAUGAGAACUUCGCAACCGAAGUGAAAGUCGUUCAAGAAAUCGAAGUGGAAUUGCAAAAGUACGUCAACAAGUUUGAGGAAUUUCUAGAGCAGGACUAUUCAACCACCAUGGCUCUAAUAACAGAAUCUGAUCAGCAACAAUCACAAGCUGACGAGCAAAAUGAAAUACUCCUAAAUCUAUCAAAAGAAUUUGGCUCGAUACAGUCAACGGUAUUUAAUUUGGAGGAGAAAUGGCGUAACUGCAAAAUGUAUCAGAAAUUCCUCUACCUUGUCAGCCCUAUGGAUUGGAGAGAAAAUCAUGAUUUUUAUUUGAAACAGGAAAAGUCGAAUGAAAGUAUUGGAGAUCCGUCCGUGUUCGAGAGAUUUAAGCUUGCGCCAGUGGGGGAAGUACAAUCAUUGGCCAAUCUCAUCGAUCAAUUCGUUGAGGAUGUAGAAAUGCAGGACGAACCUGAGCUCUUCUUUACUGAACCAAAUCAACUUCUCAAAGUGUUUUCCUUUAUCGAGCUACAAAAUUUGAAUACCCUCCUGCAUUCUGAGGAGUUAGCUGUACCACUAGAGCAGGUCAAGGAGGCAAUGAAGUACAUCGAGAAAUCAUUCAAUAAUCAAGUUACUUCAUUACAAGACGAAAUUGAUAAUCUUGAACGGGAGAUAAUAUGGGAGGAGGAACGGGCGAAAUACUUGGAGGAACUGGCUUUGGAACUGAUAAAUGGAAACUUUAAAGAGCUGAUAUCCAACGACGAGGCGAUAAACUUGCACGUGUUCGUCGAGGACGUUUACGAAAAUCGCAUAGGUAUGAACGAUUCCAAUUUGACAAUGAAGGAUAUGAUGAAGGGCAUCGAAACGGGUUAUCGCGACUAUCUGUUGCAAUUGGAUCGACUGCCCGACGAUUUAGUGUAUAAGGCCGAGAUGAGCUGUUACAGAAAGGAGGAGAAGACUAUGCUGCUUGCCGAGGAGGCUGCAAAGAAGGUUGUUCAAGUUGAGAGGCUAAUGAAGCAACUUACUCGACUGUUGGAACCGCCCACCUAUCAAACAACGAGAAGUUUAAAGUGGCGCUCUCCGCCGGUUGAUUUUAAAGUGAAACCACCACCUCCACCGAGGCCAUUAACUGAAGAGGAAAUGGAUCGUCUCGAAUUCUUCAGUGAUUUUUUUAUUAUUUUCUUUGCUGGUGAAGGUGCCAAAUGUAACUGGCCUUCGUUCAGGUUUUUUCUACAUUUAACGUACCCCAAUCAUAUCUACUCGCUCCGCCGUUACUUAUCCUAAAUACACAAUGGCCAAGAGGAUGGAAGAAUCAACAGCGUUUGAUCUAGUGUCCGCUCAAAAAUUUCAGCUGGAGCCUUAAGAUCCUAACAAAUAUGAUCAAGAAGAGAAAAAGAAAAUGCAAUUAAGCGCGUGGUAUUAAAACCAACUAACCAAAAAAGGUCAAGAAAAAAAAGGAAAUAAUCAUUCCUUUAUUAUUAGUCCUAUCAACAACUUUUUGUUUAUUAUGGCAACAUGAAUCACAGAGGACAGCGUUGAUGGCACAGGAGUCGAGGUUAUCAUUUAUUUAGCCUCAACUAAAGGUCGGUUUUUUUAUUUGCUGGUAAAUAUUUUCGCCCGAUAAGAGACUAGACUGGACAACAAUUGUCUCCACAACGAUAUCUAUGGAAUAUAUCAUUAUUGGAUAAUAAAGAUAUUGCGAGAUAAUAUUAUAAUAAACGUAUAAAGCAUGGUUUUCCCUGGGAUGGAGAAAUUAGUUUCUACUAUUUUUUUUAGAUGACAAAGGUUUUUUACCGUAUAUAUGCAUAUAUGCCCUUGCGAUAACCAAACCAGCCAAACUUUCCACAUCAUUUACUUUUUACUCAAUGACCACAGUACAAAAAAGUAGUAGCGGGUGGAGAAAGGUAGCGCUUUCCAAAAAUUGGUAAAUGGAUUACUAAGAACUUCAAUUAUCUGAUACAAAAAAAUGAAACAUUUAACCUUAGUCGUUAAUGAAUUCCCAUCGAAGACCCAUUUAGAUAAAUUAAGGUUGAUAACCUUGGAAACGUCGCGUUUGACACAACAUUCGAGAUCGUCAACAUGUUAGGACGCAUCAUCUGCCUCUUCUUCCUAAUCGGGUAUCCUAACGCCCAUGGCAAAAGCGAAUUGCCAGAAUCACCUAACUGUGGACAUCAAAUUGUGGAUUCGGGUAUGGAACUAAGAGCCACUGCCCGAGAAGGCGAAUUUCCAUGGACAGUUCAACUCAAAUACGAAGGGAAAAGCCCGUAUCGUUGUGUUGGAUCUUUAAUUAAUGACAGAUACGUACUUACGUCUGCGGUAUGUGUCACAACAAAAAAUCAACUUCCAACUGGAGCGUUGCUUGGUGUGCACGUUUUAGGCGAAGGUGAACAUAGCGAAGAGUUCGGUAUUGAAAGGAUUAUUCCAUAUGAGAGUUUUCGAACUGGAAGUAAUAAUUUCGAUGACGACAUCGCAUUGAUCAAGCUAAAUGACACGGUGAAAUAUUCAGAUUACAUAAAGCCAAUUUGUCUACCGGCGAAAGGCGAAUCGUUGGUUCAACCAGAAGAUAAGGUUAUUAUGACUGGAUGGGGAAGAGAUGUAGACAAUCAAGAAGUAAAAACUAAGAAAGUGGUAAUUCGUCGUGUUAUUACAAACGAGGCUUGUGAAUUGCAAUUCUCUAAGCACAAUGUUCACAUUGGGGAAGGUUUUAUUUGCACCGAUGGUUUGAAAGGCUACAAGGAUUAUAUAUGUUCUGGAAAUGCUGGCGCUCCUAUAGUGGCGAAAAGUGGUGGGACGUGGUACCAGGAAGGAAUCGUGUCAAUUGGUAGUAAAUGCGGUGUCGAUUUUCCGGAUGCUAAUACGAGGGUUUCCAAGUAUGUGACGUGGAUAAAUAAGCAACUGGCUCAAAGCACAGACUAAGUUAGCUGCAUUCAUUAAAUGAAACUUCAUUAAAAAAAUAAAAAAUCAAGUACU